CUUUCCACUUCCAUCUUCUAUUAUAUAAGCACCUACUAGUUGAACCAACUUGUUUCACUCCCACUAUGAAAGACCCAUGCUAACAGUUCUGGUUCUUUUCUGUCCAUUGUAUUUUCGUUCCGGGAUAAUCAGUACUAACAGUAAUGCAGCAUAUCUACUUCGUAAGUGGGAUAGGAUAUCCCUAUAUUUUUCCCUUUAACAGUUGUACUGGAAAUGCAGAUCCAGGGAGAAAACUCAGAUGGUUUUUUGUGAAGUAAAAAGAGAGACAUAGAGAUAAUAAAAAAUGACACUAGUCAAUCUACGAAACAUUAUAUUUGUUCCUCAAUUUCACAGUAGAUUUCUUAGUGAGAGUUUAGAAACCCUAGCUCAAGUAAACACCUUGUCAACUUCAACUGAUUAUCUGCAUUUUUCAUCAAUUUUGAGAAGAAGACAGAGUUGGAGCAUAGCCUUAGCAUUGAACACUGGUGGGACUCCUGAUGGUGGAAACCAAGACAACCUCAAUGCCAACAGUGGUAGUUUUGGCCGGACCAGGUUGGGUAGAAUAGUGGGUGCAGGUGGGAAACAGCUGUUAGCGAAGCUAAAUUCUGCUAGAAAGAACGUCCCUGUGAAAGUCUUUUUACUUCUCCUGGGUUUCUACACGGCUAAUGCAUUAGCUACAAUUCUAGGUCAGACCGGUGAUUGGGAUGUCUUAGUAGCUGGUGUUGUUGUUGCUGCCAUCGAAGGGAUUGGAAUGCUUAUGUACAAAAAGACCUGUUCAUUCUCAACUGGGAGGUUCCAGCCCUUAAUUGGUAUGAUCAACUAUUGGAAAGCUGGUGUUUGUUUGGGUUUGUUUGUGGAUGCUUUUAAAUUGGGAAGUUGAAUAAGAAUAUCUGGUUUGCCUAA